AUGGGUAGUGCUGGGAGCACGGGGACUAGGCUCAUCAACAAUUGGCCAACACAAGUGUAUGAUAGACAAGCCAGAAGUCCUAUAGAGCACCUCACCCACGAACCAGUGAUGCGGUGGACAGUGGAAGCUGGGGAGAGGCCCAAUUAUAAGAAACAUCAUAAACCAAGGAUAGCUCCGGUGAACAACGAGGAAGAACUAGAACAAUCCAGGAACAUACACGCAGUAACUCAAGGCAAUUGUUGGCAUCAACAACGUAUAUCAGAUUUACAUUUUACUGGCAUAAAUUGUAGUUUUGCCGGAGUUCAAAUUAAGGCCGCGGUGGUUUGUUUUAGGUCCCGCAACGAUAGAUUUGAGUUGCAAAAAAGCGUAAAAGAAAUUUAGUUUUAACGCUACUUUCAUAUUAAAAGGAGCGCAAAAUUAAGCAAACGGACUAAUAAAAAUAAUAUUUAAAUAAAUUUAAAAAAUUAAAAUUGUUUGAAUUAUUGAUUAUUUAGGCACAAAAGUAGUACAAUACAAAUUUCUCCAUUUGUUAAAUUGUUCAAAAAAGAAUGACUGCAAAGUGACGGACAAAUCAAAAUUAGUCAUUCUUUUUGGGACAACCUAAUAUUAUUUUAGUGAAUUUAUAUUGCCUUGCCUUUGCCUUUGCCUAAAUCUAACUUCAGUCUCCUUGUUAGACAGUCUUGAACAGUAUGCUUGGUGUAGCGUGGUAUGGUUUCUCACAAUCAUUAAAAAUUGAAUUUUGAAAAAUUAGUUUGUAUUUAAACGUUGAUAUUAAAAAAUUAAUUAAACUUUGUCUAAAUUUGUGUGAACAAGACCAGAACAAGAUUCCUAAUACAGCCUACAUCAUAGCUACAACAACAUUAAAUGGUAGCUAUGAAGCUAAUUUUCGUACCUUGGGCUCUUGCAGUCAUUGUUACUGUAGUUAAUAGUCAUGGUGAAGGUUUCGAUAGUCGUCGUUCUGGGAUCAACUAUGAUGGAAUAAGCUACAGAGGCAACAGAAUUCGACGUGACAUAACAGAUCGAGGAUGGUUUAAUCCGAUAGGUUGGGUUAGUUACCGUGCUCGUCGUUCUGUUAACGAUGAUAAGAAAAGCUUAUCUUUAGUAAGAGAUCGCCGAGAUGUUGAUGAUAAAAUCAUUGAUAUGAAUAACAGAGAAGCCUACAUAAGCAAGCUAGAGAAGGAUGAAUACAAUCCACCUCAUCCGGAAGUCAUCAAUAUUAAAAAUGUCAUCAACAAGCUCUACCUUAUCUUUAAUGACGCUGGAUUUGGACUUAAAUAUAGACAAGUAGAAGAGUUAUUGGUUUCUACUUAUCUGCAUGUGAGAUUUUCAAUUAUUUUUUCUAGGUAGAGUAAAGCAAGGCACAAUAGAGCAAAGAACGGUGAGGCAGAGCACGGUAGGAAAAAGUACAAAAAGACAUAACACGGUAGAGGAAUAGGAAGUAAGACAAGGUAGGGUAAGGAGAAGUAGGAAAAAUCACAGUAAAGCAGGGCACGGUGUAAAAUGGCACAGUCGGGCCGGGCACGGCACGGCAAGACACCGUAGUAUAGUUCAAAGUAGGGUAGGUAGGGUAGGGUAAAGUCGGGUAGGAUAGGGUAGGGUAGGGUAGGGUAAACAUAACAAAACUUUUCAAUUUUAGGUACGAAACAUUGACAAACAGACCAAUUUGGAACUAAGCGAAUUGUUGAGAGCAUUCGGUCUGUUUCUAUCCCAUGAUGACAAAGGGUAUCCACGUGGAUUUGCGUUUGAAAAAGCUGUCAGAGAAGCUCAAACUGUGUAUGAAAUUUUGGUUUCCACGUCAACGUCUGACUGGAAUUUACCGCUCGAAGGUUGUAUGAUGGACCUUCUUGGCUUGGCACAGUUGGUAUGUAACUAAGAAGGCUUUUGCUUUUGCCUUGCUUUUGACCCUGCCUUUGCGCUGCUUUUGCCCUGCCUUUGCCCUGCCUUUGGCCCUGCCUUUGGCACUGCCUUUGCCUUGCCUUUGGCACUGCCUUUGUUUUGCCUUUGGCACUGCCUUUGCCUUGCCUUUGCCCUGCCUUUGCUUUGCCUUUGCCCUGUCUUUGCCCUGCUUUUGCCUUGCCUUGCCCUGGCCUUGCACUAAUAUAUCUACUUUGUUCAACACCUUUUCACUAUGUGCCAAGCCCUAAUAUAAACUAUAACAUCUUUUAAAACACAAUUCCAGAACCACGUCAACACCCGUAUCGACGAGUCUCUCCAAUCGGCUGGUUCCAAUAUGCAAGCUUUGGUAAACAAAAUUCUUUAUGCCUACAGCGUAGAUCGAAUGCACCUUCAACCAGUCAAGUUUUUGGUUGGUCGAGUCUUGGAUGCACUAUACUACAAGAACGUUAAUAAGAAAGAGCUGGACCAGCUUUUGAACAGUUUGAAACCAAUUGUUCAUAAAAACGUCUUAUAA